UUGGCAGCGUGAGGAACCCGGAGGCUGCGGGAGUGACCUCGGGCAGCAGGCUGGUCCUCGGGAGAGGAACGCCCACCCGGGGCUGGGUGCCAAACAUUCCUGUCCCACCUCCAGCCCCGGCCAACUCGCUCCUUGCCCGCAGGAGGGAGGCCAUGGCCGCCGUCUUCCUGCCGGGCAACCUCCAGGAUGAAGCCACUUGCUCCGUCUGCUUGGAGUUCUUCAAAGACCCCGUGUCCAUCGCCUGCGGGCACAACUUCUGCCGGGCGUGCAUCGCCAAGAGCUGGAAGGACCUGGAGAUGGAUUUCCCCUGCCCGCAGUGCCGGGAGGUCUUCCAAGAGAAGAACCUCAGACCCAACCGGCAGCUGGCGAACAUGUCGGAGAUCAUCAGCCAGUUCACCCUGCGUGGGGCCAAGGGGGCGGAGGAGGACGGGCUCUGCCUGAAGCACAGGGAAGCCCUGAAGCUCUACUGCAAGGACGACAGGAGAACCAUCUGCGUGGUGUGCGACAGGUCCCGCGAGCACCGGCCCCACGCCGUGGUGCCCGUCGACGAGGCGUCCGAGGAGUACAAGGAGAAAAUCCAGGGCCGCUUGGACUUCCUGAAGAAGGAGAGACAAGAGCUGCUGGAGUUUAAAGUCAACGAUGACAAGAAAACCCAGGAGCUCCUG